AUGUACACGUCGCUUGCACUUUCGACUAUUCUUCUUUUUUGUAUUCACGGCGGUUUAACCAUCGACUGUCCGAAAUCAUCAGCCAAUUGGUGUGAUAAUCGAGAGAUUGCUCAAGCUUGUGGAGUCGUCAAUCAAUGCACAAAAUAUGUGUGGGCAGUUGGAGCUGAUAAUGAUCGUGUGAAUUUCACUCUCUACUACGAAACACUUUGUCCUGAUUGUCGACAAUUCAUCUCCACACAAGUUUGGCAAGCUUUUCAAUCCAUUUCUAGCAUUGUCAAUAUUACCUUUGUGCCAUAUGGUAAUGCACGUGAAGUUUAUCGACCAGAAACUCAAUUAUAUCAAUUCUAUUGUCAACAUGGCUCGGAUGAAUGUUACGGAAAUUUGAUUCACACCUGUGUCAUCAGUCUCUAUCCAAAUACAACAGCUCAUUUACCAUUUAUUUAUUGUACUGAAUCAACAGAAGGUGAUGUUGAAACUGUCGCUGGAAAAUGUGCCGAAAAGACUUCGAUUGAUUACAAUAAAGUCACUUCUUGCGUUCAAAGUCGAGUAGGCAAUCAAUUACAACAUCUCUACGCUGUGCAAACAGAAAGUCUUCAACCACCACAUCAAUACGUACCAUGGGUGACAAUCAAUGGUGAACAUACCGAAGAAAUGGAACAAGAAGCAGAAAGUGAUCUUGUUGGUCUUCUCUGUAAAACAUAUAAGGGCUCAAAUCCACCUGCUCAAUGUAAGAAGAAUCUAUAA